CCGCUCCAUUUCACAUUCAUCGAGGUUUCUUUUUGCUUUAAAAGUUUUCUAUAAUACCUACGACCUCGUGCGUCUUCUCUCUGUAUCUAUUCUCACUUUCUCUCUUUUUUUAUCUUAAUCAGUACCUUUCACCUUGGCCAUCUUUCAUUCACAUUGACAUUCAGACACUUGUAAUAAAUCACUCGACUCAUUACAUCAACGCACUCGCAAUAAAAUUCGACCCAUGGUACUAAACGAAAACGUCAGAAGUGGACAUAGGAGGACAGAUAUAGAUGAGCCACGGCAAAGCAGAGAUAGACAGGAGAGGCAGGAGAGACAGGAGAGACAGGAUGGACGUAGACCCGGCCUUCAUGGCCGAGCGCGCAUCUGGGGGCCUACCAGGUCAAUCCGUAUGAUUCUUCUGUCCACAGCCCUGAUGGGUCUCCAAUUUACUUGGUCUGUGGAAAUGGCUUAUGGAACCCCUUUUCUUCUUCAACUUGGUCUUUCAAAGUCGCUCAUGUCGCUUGUAUGGAUAGCGGGUCCUCUAUCAGGGCUUAUUAUGCAACCCAUAGUUGGUGUGCUCUCAGAUAGAUGCACUUCUAAGCUGGGGCGACGACGACCUUUUCUCAUCAUCGGAGUCAUAGCGGUUGUUGUCUCCUUUCUAUGUCUCGGAUGGUGCAGAGAGAUCAUUAGGGGAGUCUUUGGUUCAGAUUAUUCUAACUUAGAGAAUGCCACUAUCUUAAUGGCAGUAGGAUCUAUUUACAUUCUGGACUUUGCGAUCAAUUGUGUUCAAGCAAGCUGCAGGACGUUGAUCGUGGACAGCUUACCAGCUUCGCAGCAAGAGGCAGCGGCGUCAUGGGCGAGUCGACUUAUGGGUAUUGGCGGUAUUUUAGGAUAUUUCAUGGGCAAUGUCAAUCUACCUCAAAGAAUUCCAGCCUUUGGAGAUACACAAAUCAAAGGCUUAUGUGUUAUUGCUUGCUUAUUCUUGAUCUUCGCUGUUGGAUUGACAUGUGUAACUGUGACUGAACGAGUCAUGGUCCGAGCUGAAUCCAAAUCCUCAAACUCUUCGUUUGAAGAGUUUUUACUAGGAUUUAAAACAAUAUUCAAGGCCAUUCGAUAUCUUCCUACAAGGAUCCAACAUCUUUGCAAUGUCCAGUUCUUUGCGUGGAUGGGUUGGUUCCCAUUUCUCUUUUAUUCAUCCACCUAUAUUGCCGAGAUUUAUACUCGCGAGAUGAUGGAGAAUGGGGCGCCCAUAGAUCCCAAUCCACCUUCGAAUGCGGAUCAAGAUGUUGUCAAUGGCGUUCAGGAUGCAGCUAUUAGAGCAGGAUCCUAUUGCUUGCUCAUCUAUUCCAUCAUUUCACUGGCGGCUUCUAUUUUGCUCCCAGUUUUUGUCGCACCUGCAGAACAAGUUGGCUCUGAAUUAAGCAAUGGGCCGUUUCCAAACACGAGAUCAGAGAAUGGACAUCUGAGCACAAAACGGACUUCAAAGUGGAAUAGGAUAAAGCUCCCCCAAUGGCUACAACUUCCUAUUCGGGGACUCACUCUGCCUAGAAUGUACACGUUGUCAUUAGUGCUAGUCUCGUUCUCGUUAAUAAGCACGUGGUAUAUUCAUGACCUGAGAGGAUCGACCAUUUUGUUUGCUGGCUGUGGUAUUUCAUGGGCUGUGACGAUGUGGGCUCCAUUCUCUAUUUUGGGCGAAGUCAUUUCCCAACAAAUGCAAGAGGAACAACAUCAAAACCGUGUUCAUGAAUCGAACCAGUCACAAUCUCGUGAGUCAACAGAGGUUCUUUUUCAAAAGCAAAACGAUGACGACGAUGACAGUGGAGGUGAAGAAAUCCAAAUGGUUGAUAGUAGCCGCGGAAGGCAAUAUCAACCUUUGAGAGGAGGAAGAGAAAGUCUGGAUGAGGUGAUAACAGUGGUUGAAUCUAACUUUCAAGGUGGACGUCAUUCCAGCACGUCCUCGCCCACGAUUGUGGAUGGACUAUCCAGUAUUGUGGCAGCACCUGCUGGUUGGACAGUCCCACCAGACCAAGGUGUGGCCAUGGCACUUAUCGAUCCUACAGAUUCUGACACAGAUGUGGCUGGAGAUGAUCAUGAUGGUCAUUUAAACGUCAGGAAACAUAGGGAAGAUGAAGGAAGAACGUUGGUCCGGAAACAGAGCAGUCGAUCUCAAUCAUCAACAGGAUCGUCUUCCUCUCGUGAGGGACUUCAAGAGCGGCGUGGGUCAAAUGGAUACACGCGCUCUAUUGAUAAUAACAGUGACAAUAGUAAUAAUAACGCAAACCAUCCUGCACUUCCAUCUAGCCGCUCUAAUUCUGCGUCAAGAUCUGCCUCUGCCUCUGGGCCGCCUUCUGAAGUAUCAUCUGCAGGCGCACUGUUGGGUAUUCAUAACGUUUAUAUUGUUUUACCACAGUUUCUGGUCAGUUUUUUAAGUAGUUUAGUGUUUGCAGCGAUUGAACCGAAGGAAGGCGACGCAAACACGGGUACAGGCGAAGGAUCCGAUCAGCCAGGCGAUCCUGAGACCAUUGGCGUUAUGCUUCGUAUUGGAGGUAUCAUGGCUGGCAUUGCAGCACUUUUGAGUUUAAAACUGUGGAAACAGCCACGAACUGUAGCACCCUUGAACCACUUGUAGGAAAAAAGAAGCCCCUAGUUUGAAGUAUGACCUUGUCCGUUGUAAAUAGAUAAAGUUGACAAGAUAAAAGAACGACAUUUGACAUUUUAUGCAGAUAAAAAAAAAAACUUUCAAUCCUCC